AUGGCUCAAUACCUUUCGGGAAUAUUGAACAAUUUAGUGGGAAAGACAGAGUACCAUGUUCGCAAUAGCUUUGAUUUCGCAGAAGAGAUUUCUAAGAUACGGGUACCGGAGGGAUGUGUACUAUACUCGUUGGAUGUGGUGUCCCUGUACACAAAUGUGCCUGUAGACAAAGUGUACGAGUAUGUUGAGGAACGUUGGAACGAACUACAACACAUUACAACAAUCCCAUGGGACAGUUUCAAACAGGCGAUGAAAACAGUCCUAGAAGCGUCAUUUUUUCAAUACGAUGGAAAGUAUUAUGACCAAAUAUUCGGAGUACCGAUGGGAUCCCCACUUUCUCCCGUCGUUGCCAAUAUAGUGAUGGAGAGGCUAGAGAGAGAAGCGAUAGAAAGAUUGAAACAAAAAAAUAUUUCGCUGGUAGUGUAUCGAAGGUAUGUGGAUGAUUGUUUUCUGGUGGGUAAGGAGAAUGAGAUCGAUGCUGUCAUCCAGGAGUUCGAAAAAGAUCACAACAGCAUAAAAUUCACAGUGGAAAAGGAAGAAAAUGAAUCUAUCCGGUUCUUGGAUCUCCUAUUAACUAGAAGGGAAGAGAGAAUAGAUAAAAAAUGGCUCCCAAAACAGACAACAGGACGAUAUCUUGAUUACACAUCAGAGAGUCCGCACGCCCACAAAAAGAAUACCGCUAUCGCAUUAUUCGACCGAGCGCUAAAGCUUACUGAUGCGAGGAAGAGAGAGGUAAGCAUAAAAGAAGCGUCGGAUAUCCUGCGCAACAACAACUACCCGGAACACUUCAUAAAGCGUGUACUGAAACAGAGGGUACACUCACUAUAUAACACACUGCAAACCAGGAGUACAGACGAGCAAAUAGCUAAGUACAUUUCCAUCCCCUACAUCCCCUGCCUAAGCGAGAAGAUAGGAAAAGUGUUACGCAAGAAUGACAUCAUCGCAGCGUACCAACCGACCGACAAAAUUAAAAACACUAUCUUUACUAUGUUGAAGGACAGGAUCCCAAAGAUGCAACAGACCAAUGUGGUCUACAGCAUUCCGUGUGGUGGAUGCGACAAUAGGGAGUACAUAGGACAGACAUCGCAAACUCUGGAAAAACGCAUUGCCCAGCAUAAAAAUUCAAUUCGCACGAGCACCUCUAUAACCGGCCUAACGCAGCAUGCGAGAGAGUGUGGACAUCAGUUCGAUUUCAACAGAACGCGUGUAUUGGAGAGAAUCAACAAUGAUUCCAAUAGGCUGACUGCUGAGGUUCUCCACAUCAAGCUGCGAGAGGAGAGAGCUGUGAAUCUUCAACGUGACGCAGCUAGCUUCUCUAGCACGUAUAAUGGACUUCUCAACAAGCUACGAUCAACGCAGCAAUUCACAGGAGACGAGGGAGCAACGACGCUGGCAACGACGCUGUAG